AUGGCUUCUGAAAUGGUUCUCUACAACUUCUCCUCCGCCUCAAACACCCAACAGCAGCAGCAGCUGCAAAAUCCAAACCUUAGCAACAUCGACAACGCCGUGGUCCCCACAACCACCCAAGCACCAACUGGUGGGUCCCACUCUAAGCUGGCCCACCCUCGCAAAUCCAGUGCCUCGCAAUCCAAAGACCGCCACACUAAAGUCAAUGGCCGUGGCAGGAGGGUCCGGAUGCCCGCUUUAACAGCGGCCCGAGUCUUCCAGCUCACCCGUGAACUCGGCCACCGCUCCGAUGGCGAGACCAUCGAGUGGCUCCUUCGCAAUGCUGAGGCAUCGAUCAUCGCUGCCACCGGCACCGGCACUACCCCCUCCAUCCCCAUCUCCACCACUGUCGGCUCCACCCCGAUUUCGGCGUCUCCGCCGUCUAUUUCCUGCAAGGUCCACCCCGCCAACUGUAUGGACCCCGAGAUGUUCCCUCUGACGACACCCAGCUGUCGGCUUGACUUGGAUUACAGGCACAUGCCAUUUACGGCUUUGUUGCUGCAGCCACUUUCGGCGACUGCGGAUGUGGAGGCGGAGGCGGGUCGGCAGCAGGAGGUAACUGGGGAGCACAAGAUGUAG